AUGACCAUUUUCUCAGAUAUUAGGAACUGGAUUCGUAACAUUGAACAGCAUGCAUCUGACAAUGUCAACAAGAUUCUGGUAGGGAACAAGGCUGACAUGGAUGAAAGCAAAAGGGCUGUCCCUACCUCAAAGGGUCAAGCACUUGCUGAUAACUACGGUAUCAAAUUUUUUGAGACUAGUGCAAAAACAAAUCUUAAUGUGGAAGAAGUUUUCUUUCCAAUAGCAAGGGACAUUAAGCAAAGGCUUGCAGACACGGACUCUAAGGCGGAGGCUUCAACAAUCAAAAUUAAUCAACCGGAUCAGGCAGCUGGCGCUGGUCAACUUGCUCAAAAAUCUGCUUGCUGCGGUUCUUGAACUGGAAGAAUACUAAUGAGCACUUACAUCAGGUGCUCAAUGGCAGGAGAGAACAAAAACAAAAACUAAUUGUGACGAAACAUUAUCGGUGGAUGUAAUGUAAUUGAUUGUCAUGCUUUAAAAGGACUUAUUUUAGUUUGUGUAAGAUAGGCUCUUACUGAUCGAGAAACUUGCACUUAUUGUGGCCAGACGCUAAUGGUUUCAUCAGUAAUCCCUUCUCAA